AUGCCACCUCAAAGCACCCGCACCGUCUUCGUCGCCAACGUACCGUAUGACGUCUCUGAAGAACAGAUUGCCGGCGUCUUCUCUGAAGUCGGCCCCGUCUCGCACGUAGAGAUCAAGUUCGACCCCCAAACAGGCAAGAGCAAGGGGUACGCUUUUGUGCAGUUCUACGACGAGGCCGCCGCCCAGAGCGCCAUGCGCAACCUCCAAGAAGUACCCAUCAAUGGACGGCCAGUCCGGAUCGAGCUGAGCAACGAUGAGCGCAUGACCCGGCGUCCCGGUGCGCCGUUUGCUGGUGCUGCUGGUGUUGCUGGUGCUGGGGCUGGAGGGGCUGGAGGGAGGCGCGACUCGCCCACGCCAAUCGAUCAUAGCUUGAUGCCCCAGGGAACAGAAGUUGGGCCGGGACAAAAGGCGACCGACGCUAUUUCAAAGACGUUGGCGGAAGUCAACCCGGGCCAGAUGCAGGAGGUCAUGGCCGGGAUGAAGGCCCUCAUAACCACGCAGCCCGAUGAGGCGCGCCGCCUCCUCACCGCCAAGCCCCAGCUCGCGUACGCCCUCUUCCAGGCCAUGCUGCUCAUGAACAUUGUCGACCCGAGCGUGUUACAGCGCAUCCAGCCGCUGCCACCCAGCGCGCCCGCAGCACCACAGGCAGCGUACUCGGGAUACCAGCGCGAGGGUUACUACCCUCCUCCGCCUGCUCCGGCGGCGCAGCAGCCGCCCUUCCGCCAGCAGCCUCCGCAACCCGCGUAUGGUGCUCCUCCUCCAGCUCAACAGUCUGGGUAUGGUGGAGGUUACGGCCGGUCUGCUCCCCCGGCGCCGCCGGCGCCAGCUGCUCCUCCCGCUCUGCCGCCCGCGACGCAGGCUGCUCUGGCAGGCCUCCCCGAGGACCAGAAGGCUAUGCUCAUGCAGGUCCUCCAGCUCACGCCCGACCAGAUCAACGCCCUCGACGCCGAGCAGCAGGCGUCCGUCAGGCAACUUCGCGCCCAGUUCCUCGGAGCAAGUGCAUAG